ACCCUCAGGUUCCCACGCGUCCUCCCCCGGCAGUGAGGAACAGCCUUUCUGCACUGCAGCACGUUGGACUUGGUUGACUUUGGGUCUUCAGAGAAGGAGCCGAAGCAGAGGUUCACGCAGGUGUCCAUAUUUGCCUUCAACCUGAAGUAGAAUUCCAGUCAUGCCAAAAACUUGGGCUGGAGCUGUUGGUCUUCAAGUGUCCACACCUUCUGAGCUAAGCUUUGGGAGACACGCUCCAGUCAAACUCUGCGGCUCAAAACGACUGCAGAGUAAAGCGUUUAGCAAUCAAAAGGAGUCUUCAUUGGAAGAUAAGGACAAAUCAGCCAGGAGUCCGAAGGACAUUGAUGUCAGUCUCCUGGCUGUUCUUCCAAAAGUUUCAGAGUUGAGGAAGCGCUUUGAAAACAGUGGCCCGCGUGACUUUGAGAUGAACCGCAAGGAGAGGAUGACGCGGUGCGUGGAGAGUGAUCCCCAACCCGCCGGAUUGGUGGCCGACAGGCUGUUAGAGGAGGACAUGCCGCGCUACACCCGCGCCUCUGACCCCUGUGACCCCUGUGGAGUCACAGUUGGACGAUUAAAUAAGGAGGGAACCCAGAGCCCAGAGAUGUUGGACCCAGCUGCAGAGAGGCAGUCCAGGGCCCGCUGCCGUGCCGAGGUCCACGCUGCUCACACGGAGUCCGAUCCAGCGGGCCUGGAGUCCAAGGCAGAACGGAUAGCCAGGUAUAAAGCGGAGAGGAGGCGGCAGCUGGCUGAGCGCUACGGCAUUUCACUGGACCGGGAGGUGGACGAAGACUACGCUCCCCGUUACGUCAGUCACCGCAAGGAGCGUGAUGGGCCGGAGACUCAAGUAGCUCCAGUGUCCUCAGAACGCCAACAUGCCAGCGGGAAGGAGGAGGUGGAAGAGGUGAUGGAGAAAAGUCAUAACCAGGCAUACCUGUGCAGCAGUACGAGCCCUGCACCGGGAAAGAUUUUGGCAGAGCCCGGUGUGCGCUGGGAGGAGAGCGGUGUCUCCGAGCGCGAGAGACUGAUGAACCUGGAGAACUACAGGCGGGGACAGGGUGAGGACCUUGGCGACCAGCCGCCUUACAUGGACAUGUCUGCCUCAGCCCAAGGACCCGCCAGGGAUGGUGCCAGUGCACUAAGGGCCUCUCCGCCCUCCCCGAAGCAUGGCGCCUCCCCCGGGGACUUACUCAUCGAGCAGCAUGCACAGGCCGUCCUCAACAGGCAAGGAGUUAAAGUUAGAGAGAGGAUGGCGAGGGAGGAAGGUGUCAGGAGAAGCCCGGAGUUGGCGCCGGAUUCAUUCCCCAGGGGGGGCGCCCUGGUGCCUCAGUACUCGGCCCUCCAUCGUGAGCUCUUCACCCCCCAAAUCACAUGUGGCCCCAUGACUGGGCCAGGGACUGCGAGGCAGCCCGAGGGCACAGACUGCCAGAGCUAUCUGUCUGUCGAGGGCGCGUCAAAGACCUUCAGUGCCAGGAAGGAAGAGGAUCCUGAAUGGGGUUCCAGGGAGCUGGAUGGCAUUUGUACUGAAGGGCUUCUGAAGAGCCGGAAGGCGGUAUUGCCCUCAGAGAUUCGGCGCCGGGAGAGAAGUGUGGAGGAUCUGCGCCGGGGCCACCGUGAGGAAGAGCCUUGGGCCCACAGGGCUAGCCAGAAGAUGGGAUAUGGCACCCCAGAGGAACACGUGUCCUCAGCACAUGGCUCUGGGGUGCGGCAAGGCAGGGCCCGGGACAGCCGACGACAAGGCAAUACCUUCGUCUGCCCCCAGAGGGAGCCAGAGGCAUUCAAGGAGAAGCCCAAAACACUGAUUCGUUCCAUAUCUGAUGCACCAGUGUCGUCUUCACGGGUGGCAGUGUUCCAGGGGCCGGAGCAGGGCACGGACGAGGGGAUGGUGUUCCACGGCACUCUAACCAAUGGAGAGCAUGUUGCCUUGGACACCGGGGUCUCCGUGGCACAGCUCCGCCUUUCCUACCUGGAGAGCACCGGUGUCACCAAGAAACCUGAGCUAGAGGCUAAGGUAGAGCUGGGCAGGGGCUUGGCUGGGAGUGCGGAGCGGGGGAGGGGCGCUCGGAGGCCAAGGCGCUAUAUCUCCGCUGGUGAUGAUAGAAAGGCCUCUGAGAGAUUUAGGACCCAGCCGAUCACGUCUGCAGAGCGCCUGGAGUCCGAUAGGUCCUGUCUGAGUCCUGACCUACAGAAUACUGAAGUGGAUGACGAGAAGCUUGAUGAGAGAGCGAAGUUGAGCGUGGCAGCCAAGCGGUCCCUCUUCAGGGAGCUCGAAAAGACUACAGAAGGGGGGGCCCCCAAGCCCCGCUCCCGGAAUGCAGCGAUGGAACGCCGGAUGAGGCGCACGCAGGACCGCUCACGCACCCAGCCCGUCACCACUGAGGAGGUGGUCAUCGCCGCCACUCCCCCCACGCCAGCCUCGACCGUCCACACCGCGGUCACUCGAGUUCCAAACCCAGCUGUAGUCAGCAGCUCAGAAACACGAUGCAGUUUGCAGGCCUCUUCCCAAAAGACGUCUGCGGCUCCAGAGCAGUCUAAGGCGCCCCAACUGGCCCCGGGGUCCGAACAGGCGCGCCCGUCAGAGGACGAAUCCCAGGAGCCAGAUUUGUCCACCCUCAGCCUGGCCGAGAAGAUGGCGCUCUUCAACCGCCUGGCCCAGCCUGCCACUAAGGUUACGAGUGCCCGGCCUGACCCUCGGCAGCGCCGGAGCAGCGCCCGCUACCAGACGCAGCCCAUCACCCUGGGCGAGGUGCAGCAGGACCUGCUAAGUACAGAUUCCUCUCUGCAGUCCAGUGGCUCUGUAGAACUUCUGGAUGUCUAUUAUGAGACAGCUCAACUCCAGAAUGGUGGUUCUGGCCUCGAACCCCUGGCAAAACCCACGGCUACAGCCACCCCCACCCAGGCGGGGGACAUCCACCUGGUUCAGGAGUCCUGCAGCCACCGGACUCAGGUCAUGGCUUCUGGCCCGUUCCCCAGGAGUCCUCAGGCACCCCAUGGCCCAGAGGCAAGGCCCGACAUCCAGAGGGAUACCACCCCCCAGGCCGGGGCAGCUGAGGGCAACGGGAAGAGGAAGCUGCCCUCCCCAGGAGAGGAGCCCCGGCAGCCUCCCCAGCCUCAGCCUCCCCGAGGGUGGGAGGCGGGGCCAGAGGCUCUGGUGCAGGCCUCCACUGACAAGGCAGAGUGCUCGAUUUGGAGCCCGAAGAAAGAAGAGUGUCCCCUCUCCCAGGAGAAACAGGAGCACCGGGGCCCCCUGGGGGAGGCCCAAGCCUCACACAACCUGCACGAAGGGGGUGGCGGCUUUGCCCCCGGGACAACCAGCUCAGUCUCCGCCUCUCUGCCAGAGCCCAGCACAGCCGUCAGAGCCCCAGCAGUGCCGGUGUGGAGACGCGUGCCCCGAGACGGCAUCGGCAACUCUCAGGGGCCCCUGACUGCCAAGGCGAGCCACCCAGAGCCUCUGGGGAACCCCUAUGAAACCAUGACCACUAAACAGAUGUCUAUCAAGGAGAGGCUGGCCCUGCUUAAAAAGAGUGGCGAGGAGGACUGGAAGAACCGAAUCAACAAGAAGCAGGAUGUGGCGAUGGCAGCCAUGGCAGAGAGGCCCACGCACUUCUGGGAGAUGGAGCCAGGCUUCAAGAAAACGGAGGAGGGCUUGAUAACUGAUGACUUGCUGGUUUCUGAGCAGCUCUGGGAACCUGUCUAUGCUUCCACUUAUGCACCACCGGUCAGCUUAGCCCCCGCCUUGCAGUAUAUCGAUCUUCAUCAGGUGAGCGCUUUUCAGCGCAUUGAACCACACAUGACCAUAGAGGAAAGAAAGCAACGGAUGACAGCACAAGAGGAGGCAUGGAAGACGAAGGGCAAGGGUGUGGCCAACGACUCCACCCAGUUCACCGUGGCAGCGCGUAUGGUCAAGAAAGGUCUUGCAGCACCCUCUGCCAUCAGCCCCACCCAGUCUCCAGUUUCCAUGAAAAACAAGACUACAACACCAGCUAUCUCCAAGCCCCAGGAAGAAAUUGAGGCCAGGCCUGGAAUGAACUUAGAAUCUGACAAAAAGCUUGACAAACUUGAAUCAUUCUUGGGGAAGCUCAACAACAAAUUGGGAGGGCUUCAGGAGCCCACAGUAUCUGUAACGGAGAAGUCCAUCAAAGAGGUGAUGAAGCUGGAUGACGAGAUCUUUUCAAAGUUCUACAGUCAUGUGGAUGAUCUCCCUUGCACGUCAGACCGUGUUGAUAUUGACGAUGACUUUGAUGCCAUAUUUGGUCCUCAGGUUCCAAAGCUGACCUCAGCCAUGGUAGAGCACAAGCGGGCUGUGCGACCAGUCCGUAAUGUUCAGGCAUCUCGGAACCCUCUGAAGAUCCUGGCAGCACGCAAGGACAUCCGUCACGAGUACACAGAGCAGCGGCUCAACAUCGGCAUGCUGGAGUCCCAGAGGGUGAAAGCUGAGAAGAUGGGAAAGAACUCUGGUUAUUCCGAGGUGGCACUGGCAGGCCUGGCCAGCAAAGAGAACUUCAGCAGUGUCAGUCUCCGUAGCGUCAACUCCUCCGAGCAGACAUCCAACAACAGCGCAGUGCCCUACAAGAAGCUCAUGCUUCUGCAGGUCAAAGGCCGUCGACACGUCCAGACCAGGCUGGUGGAGCCUCGCGCUUCUUCUCUGAACAGCGGCGACUGCUUCCUCCUCAUCUCUCCCCACCACUGCUUCAUCUGGUCUGGGGAGUUUGCAAACGUCAUUGAGAAGGCUAAGGCCAGUGAACUUGCCACAUUUAUCCAGAGCAAACGAGACCUGGGGUGCCGAGCCGUUUGCAUUCACACCAUCGAGGAGGGAAUUAACACUCACACACAUGCAUCCAAAGAGUUCUGGAAGAUUUUGGGUGGGCAAGCCAGCUACCAGGCUGCCGGGUCACCUGAAGAGGAUGAGCUGUACGAGAGUGCCAUCGUAGAGACUAACUGCAUCUACCGCCUAUUGGACGAUAAGUUGGUGCCAGAUGAUGACUUCUGGGGGAAGGUUCCUCGAUGUUCUCUGCUAGACUCUAAAGAGGUGCUCGUGUUCGACUUUGGAAGUGAGGUGUAUGUGUGGCACGGUAAGGAGGUCACACUGGCACAAAGGAAGGUGGCCUUCCAGUUGGCCAAGCACCUAUGGAAUGGUACCUUUGAUUACACCAACUGCGACAUCAACCCCCUCGACCCAGGGGAGUGUAACUCCCUCAUUCCCAGGAAAGGACAGGGUCGCCCUGAUUGGGCGAUCUUUGGCAGGCUCACAGAGCAUAACGAGACCACCCUGUUCAAGGAGAAGUUUCUGGACUGGAUGGACUCGAAAAAACAGCCAGCCAAAAAUGGCACCGAGAGGCCCAGUGAUGAGAAGUCCUCUGAGGUCCUGGGCUCUGACCAUCAGCCGUACGACGCCACGCUUAUGCUGUCCCAGUUACGGACACCCGUGACGAUGCUGCUGGAGGGUGUGGAUGUGGGCCGGGGCUACGGCUCGGUGGAGGGGGAGGACCAGCGGCGAUUCGAGCUGAGCACGCUGGCCGUGGACGUGUGGCACAUACUGGAGUUCGAUUACAGCCGGCUGCCCCAGCAGAGCAUCGGACAGUUCCACGAGGGGGACACGUACGUCGCCAAGUGGCGGUACAUGGUGAGCGCGACAGUCGGGAAGAGGCAGAACCCUGAGCAGGGGCGUGUGGCGGCAGCCGGGAAGGAGAGGUGCUGCUACUUCUUCUGGCAGGGCCGGCACUCCACGGUGAGCGAGAAGGGCACAUCGGCACUGAUGACCGUGGAGCUGGACCAGGAGCACGGGGCGCAGGUCCAGGUACAGCAGGGUAAAGAGCCCCCCUGCUUCCUGCAGUGCUUCAGCGGAGGAAUGAUAGUGCAUUCGGGAAAGAGGGAGGAAGAAGAGGAGAACGUGCAGAAUGAGUGGCGGCUGUACUGUGUACGCGGCGAGGUUCCAGUGGAGGGCCACCUGCUGGAGGUGGCAUGUCACUGCAGCAGCCUGCGUUCCCGUACCUCCAUGAUCCUGCUUAGCGUGGAAAAGGCCAUCAUCUACCUGUGGCACGGCUGCAAGGCCCAGCAGCACAUGCGUGACGUGGGCUGUACCGCUGCCAACCAGAUCAAGGACCAAUGCCCCCUGGAGACAGGCCUGCACAACAGCAGCAAAGUGACCAUCCACGAGUGUGAUGAGGGGGCGGAGCCCACAGGCUUCUGGGAGGCAGUGGGCAGAAGGGACCGCAAGGCCUACGACUGCAUGCUGCAAGAUCCGGGGAAGUUCAACUUCACGUCGCGGCUCUUCCAGCUAAGCAGCUCAUCAGGGGAGUUCACCGCCACAGAGUUGUUCUACCCCGCCAGAAGCCCUGAGCUGGUCCACUCUCUGCCCUUCCUGCAGGAGGACCUGUACUCCGCUAGCCAGCCAGCCAUGUUCCUCGUGGACAACCAUCACGAGGUGUACCUCUGGCAGGGCUGGUGGCCGCAGGAUGCUGAGGCCACAGGCUCUGCCCGCAUCCGCUGGGACACGGAUAGGAAGUGUGCCAUGGAGACCGUGCUGCAAUAUUGCAAAGAGAAAAAUGAGAAGAAGCCCCCCAAGGCGUAUCUGAUCCACGCUGGUCUGGAACCCCUCACCUUCACAAAUAUGUUCCCCAGCUGGGAGCACCGAGAGGAUAUUGCUGAGAUCACAGAACGGGAGGCCGAGGUGUGCCAAGAAAUCAUCCUAGUACAGGACGUGCUGGCCCGGCUCUGCAAGGCCAGCUACCCACUGGCCGAGCUACAGGCACGUCCCCUUCCAGAAGGUGUAGACCCUCUUCACCUGGAGCUAUACCUGUCAGACGAGGACUUUGAGAAAGCUCUGGAGAUGACGAGGGAAGCCUUUGAGGCUCUGCCAGGCUGGAAGCAGGUGAAGCUGAAGAAAGUCAAGGGACUGUUUUAGGCCACCCUGGCCUCCCAGCCCCCCGACUGUCACUGGGGUUUCUCUUAGACCCAAUCUGCCACUGAGAUCACUUUAUCCCCUUCCUGCCUAAGCCCUGAUUGGAUGGCUCAGAGGCAGACCCUCCUGAGUGGCUCAUGGCGUGAGGUGGGGAGGGAGAACCAAUCGGGAAUGUCCAUCUCCAGAGGUGUGUCAACUUCCUGCAGCUUCCUUGUGUUUGUUGUUUUGUUUUUAUUUUAAUUUUUUUUUUGUUUGUUUUUCCUUCUCCUGGUUUAGUGAGAGAACCUUAAUGCUGAGGCUGGAUUUCCCAGUUCAGUGUAUUUUUAUUGUUUUUUUUUUUGUUUGUUUAUACAUGUGUGUGUAGUAUCUCAUGCACUUACGUACCAGCCGCACCGUGUGCUGUUUGCCCCUCUCUGAGAAACGUCUCUAAGGUUUAUUUCUUUGCGUGAUCGAUCGUGGUUUUCACCAUAGAAAAGCAGAAAGAAGUGUUUGGGUGUUUAACAUGUGGAAGGAUGCUGCCCCCUGUUGGAGUAUUUGUGCAACUUGCGCCAUGUCCUGCUUCACGCAGUAUGACUUGUCCUUGGCUGUCUUUGUCAUGCCAGCCCCUCCCCCCAACCCCUGGCCGCACCCCUUUAACCUCUCGGAUGCUGAAGUCAAAGAAUUUUGUAUUUAAUGCCAUGGGCUUGCUGGGGGGGGGACAAGUGUUUCUAUAUGAAUUCUAUAAUGUAUAGUGCCUUGCUUUUGUGUACAGUUUAUAUACAAAAGGAUAUUAGUCUAAAUUUUGAAGACUUUCUUUGUGAUAAAGGAAAUGGAAAAAUAAACGCUGAAUAUUGCGAAA